CCGAAUCCCCUCGCCAUCCAGAGUCUCGAUCGCAAAUGGCAAUGGAGAGGAGCACGGCCGAAGCGCUGCCGCUGCCCCCGCGCCUCUCGGCCUCGCCGCCUUCAUCGCCCGCCACCGUCGGCGCCCUCCUCACCAAUGCUGCCGGCGUCAGCAGGAUCCGGCGCGAGUGCCGCUCGCCGCGGUCCUUGCUGUCGCGCAUACUCGGCAGGGGCGGCGGCGGGUUCGGCUGCCGCAUGCGCAUCCCCCGCUACUGCUCUAGCGGUGCCGGAGCGGCCGUCAAGGAGGACGCUGUAGAGGAGGAGGUGGCCGUGCUCGCGCCUAAGGUGGUGGUGGCGAGCAAGCAAGAAGCAGAGGUUCGCGAGUCGCCUCGGAGUUCCCUGCAGGGGAUGAAGGCGGCGCCGGAUCAGGUGUCGGCGGCGAGCCUCGGGCUGGGCGCGGGCCUGGUGCUUCUGCUGUCCAGGGGCGCGGCGGAGCUCAGCAGGAUGGCGGAGCUGCGCGCCCAGAUGGAGCGGCUGGUGCUGGACGUCAGGGCGGAGGCGCGUGGCAGCAGCCGCUCCGACGUGUCCGACGGCCGCGCCGACGACGGGGCUAGCGUCGUCAAGGAGCGCAUCGUCUUGGCCGAUGGCGGCGGCGGCGAGGACGCCUCGUUGUCCCGUGGUUCGGGCGAUGCCGCCUCGGCAUGCGGUGAUGCCGGCGUUGGAAAUGCCGCCGCAGCCAUGGACCAGAUGGAGGCAGAGCUCGAGGCUGAACUGACGCGCCUGCAGCUCGACUCCGACUCCGACCAUGACGAUGAGGAGGAAUGCGUGAGACCGCGGCGAGAUCACCAGCUCGAGUCUGACGCGAAGAGCGACAUCUCCUCGGAGAGCGGCUCCCCUGCUUGCGUCGACAUCGACGGUGUCGUCACCGACGCGGCGACAGAAUGCAAGGAACACGAAGACAACGAGGAGGAGGAAGACACCGAGGAGGACGAGGAAGAUAGCAAGCCGUGCCACGGCGGCGUGCCGGCGCGGGUGCUGGAGCGGAGGCUGCACGAGCUCCUGCAGUCGCGGCACGAGGAGCGGAUCGCGGAGCUGGAGACGGAGCUGCAGCGCGCGCAGAGGAAGCUGAGGGAGAAGGAGCGCGAGGUGUCCCGGUGGCGCGACACCGCAAAGCUCGUCUCCCGCCACAAGGACGAGUCGCUGCUCCGGUAAAACAAAACCACCGACGACGGAUACCCGCGCGCGCACGUUCCUUCUUUUGUGCCAACCAGAAAUCAAGCUGGAAAUGGACGAAAGAAUGAUGACCGCUGGAUCUUAAUCUAACGGCGCGGAAAAUCGGCUCGCCCAAAUUAAAUUUCCAUGUGAUUUACGCAUCCGGCUAUUGUACUCCAGCGGUCAUUGUACUCCCUCGUGUGCUUCUUUGCACAGAAAUGAUGAAUCUAGGUGUUU